UCCUUCGCCGUCUUCCAUACUUCCUGUUGUGUGGGGUGCGGUUGGAUAUGCUGAGUUGAGAGGAAUGAUUAUCCAGCAUGCUAAAAUAAGAACGACUGACCUGAAUUAUGAAAUUAGAGAAAGGAUUUUCCUAAUAUUAGCUUUGUAAACAAAUCCUUCUGAUAUCAGCGCAGAGCGGCGGGGAUGCUGCUUCGCAAUGGGAAACAUUUUCGGCAAAAAGAGACGUACUCGAGUGACAGAGCAGGACAGAGCGAUUUUGCAACUGAAACAGCAGAGAGAUAAACUGAGGCAGUACCAGAAGAGGAUCAAUUUGCAACUGGACAAGGAGAGACUGCUAGCCAAGCAGCUGUUGAAGGAUGGGAAGAAAGAAAAAGCCCUCCUUUUGCUUAAGAAGAAGCGCUAUCAGGACCAACUCCUGGACAAGACGGAGAGCCAGAUAAGCAACCUGGAGCGCAUGGUUCAAGACCUGGAGUUUGCCCAGAUUGAGCUGAAGGUCAUCGAAGGGCUGAAGGUCGGCAACGACUGCCUGAAGAAGAUGCAUGAGGUGAUGUCCGUGGAGGAGGUGGAGAGAAUCAUGGAUGAGACCCAGGACUCCAUAGAGUACCAGAGGCAAAUCGAUGACAUGCUGGCGGGCUCCUUCACCCAGGAGGAUGAGGACGCUGUGUUGGCUGAGCUGGAGGCCAUCACACAGGGAGAUGUUGAGCUUCCUGAAGUUCCAGAUGAGGCCUUACCAGAGGUUCCAGAGGAAGAAGAGGAGGAACCUGAGAGGAAGAAGGAGAGGGCGAAGAGCGCGCAGCAGAGAGAGAUGCUGUCCGCGUAGCACCGCGUCUGACCACCAGGGGGUGCACACAUUUUCCAUGGACUGCUGCAACUCCCCCCAACCUCCCCACCUCCCACAAUACAUACUCGAAUGCGCACACACACACACACACACACACACACACACACAUCUGCAGCUUUUCCCCUGCCUCUUUGGUAGAGGGGUUUUGCCAUGUAGUUGCCUCUCCUCUCAGCAUUUGUUCAGUUCCUUACUAUCAUGGCUGGUGGCGGGCCUGUCUGAUUUUAUUCUGAUUAUUUGUUUUUUUUCUUCAGAUCAUGAAGGACAGAGGGUACUUCUUACCGUACAUGAGGUUUGACUCCCUCAGGAUGGCAGUCGAUCGUGUCUUUCUCGUUUAUGUUGUCGCCUCAUUUUAUUUUUCUGUCAUUAUUGGCCUCAGCCACUCCAGCAGUCUCUAAAAGCAACCCAUAGACCCAAGUUUCUUGUAUGCAUAUGACACUCCUUUCUCCUCCUCAUGGAAACUGACAACCGGAGUGGUGGUCUUGGAGACGACCACUGACCACUGCUCUCCACUAGAAUUCUGUCAUGUCCUUAGGAGCAUCAGCCUGGUGUGAACAUCCACUUGAUGACUCCGAUAGCAGCCCACUGUGGCACGCAUCCGGCCCAGCUCUGGCCCAGGCCUGGCAUGGGUCUGAUCUUCUCAGAUCUGUUCGAGAGCCAGCCAAUAUCAGACACCGCUGUCAUUCGAAUGCAUCUGUGUGAAUUUUGUGAAAAGCAGAAAGACACGACUUUUUACAUCGGGCUGUACAACUCCCCGGUUCAAAGCAGAGCAUCUUUCUGCCUUGCUACUCUGCUUAGUUGCCUGUGUGUGCCAUUAGCUAGACAGACUAAACACCUGCUCCGUCCCCUGUGAGAUUACACCUGUGUGUCACUGGCGAAAGGGCUAAUCCUAUUGUCAGCAGGCUUAUUCUCCCUCCACUAGAUCGUCUGCGGAGGUUUUCGGGAAGAUGUUCCUAGAAGAUUAGGGCCUGCUACAUUCUGGGAUGUGUCGGUGUCGCAUAAGAGCAGGGCUAUUCUCUUUAGGUCACUUUCACUAUCUCUUUCUCUCUCGUUAGCACGCACGCUCUCUACCUUUGUCAUUCGGUCUGCUCUCUCUCUCUCUCUCUCUCUCUCUCUCUGUUCUAUUGCCGUCUUCCAUUCACUUCUUUUUGAAUGCUCAUGAAUUGUCGAAUUUACUGUACUUUACAUAUCAGGGUGUAGGACGACUCUUGUAGUCAAAGAAAGAUCAUGAAGAAGACAAGCUUGAAAACACAAAACCCCAAGAAUAAUGUACUAUCUGAUGUGGUCUUAUUAGAGUGAUUGAUUCUGAUCAGAAUGCUUUUGAGUGUACUAACCCAUUUAAAGUAAUUUCUUGUAAAGUCAGACAAGUGUUGCUGUAUCAAGUCUGGCUGCCAUUUGACUUUAGAAAACAGUGGAACUUAAGAUCUGAAUGGUUUACUUAUGGUUUUGUAAGCUGUUCCCCUUUUGUUAUUUUGAGAAAAUAAAAAAAAUGGUAUUUUAACUUUAA